UCUAAGCCCCCUCCCAGCCCUGACAUCCCCUGUUCUAACCCCCUGCCAGCCCUGCCACUCGCUGUUCCUGGGUUCCUGCUGUGUUCUCUGUUCCACUCCAAUUUUGCUCUGGGGUUAGACUCCCGUUUGGAGCCGGGCCCAGGGCUGAGCUCAGUCCAGCCUGAGGCUUGGGGGCUCCCGGCAGGCAGGGCUUUGGCUGUGAGCCGCCGAGAGCCGGGUGUUUUCAGGGCCUGUGAGUCGCAGGCGUGGAGCUGCUGAUGCACCCCGAUCCCCAGAGCCCCAUCCCACCACCCGCUCCUUGCUGCUCACAGCGGAAAACAUGUCUCACCCGAAACCUGCUGGUGGGACAGAGCACAGAGGCCCCGAGGCCCCAGGGGAGGACCACUGCCUCCUCUGCUCAGCUUCCCUCCGGACGCCUCUCCUCCGAGAGCCCAAACCCAGGCCUUUCCCUGCCCCCAGCCUCCCCAUCUCCGGCUGCAAGGCUAGACAGAGCCAGCUUCUCGGGCUCCCAGAGCAAAAGUCCCUAGGCUCGGGUCCUGGCCCCCUUCGGGCUCUGAGACGCCUCUCAUGGGGGAAUUGCUUCCUCUCUGUGCCUCAGUUUCCCCAUCUCUGGGGCUGUUGGACUAAAUGAUUUCAGAGUCUCCUCCCGGCUCCUACGGCCUUCUAUCAUCCGGGAAGAGCAGGGUAGGACGCCAGGGUCUUGAAAUGGACUUGGGGAGGUGGGGGAUCCUCCUAGUGGUAUGUGACGCCCCCUUUCCCUUUUCUCUCAGAAAUAAGAAUGUCUAAGCCCCUGGAGCCGGAGAAGCCAGGUUUGGACUCUCAGACAGAGCACACAGAUACAGGAACCAAUGGACCAGAUGCAAGCCAUCAGAACCCCCAGAAUAAGGCCUCCUCCUUUUCCUUGUCCCCGACGGGUCCCAGCACCAAGAUCAAGGCUGAAGACUCCAGCAGUGACCCCGCCCCAGUGGCACCCCCGCCCCCGCCCCCAUCCCAGCCCCACCUCCCCCAGGCCCAGCUCAUGUUGGCUGGCGGGCAGCUGGCUGGGGACAUCCAGCAGCUCCUUCAGCUCCAGCAAUUAGUCCUCGUCCCUGGGCACCACCUCCAGUCACCUGCACAGUUCCUGCUGCCACAGACCCAGCAGGGUCAGCCAGGCCUGCUCCCAACACCAAAUCUGUUCCAGCUACCUCAGCAAAGCCAGGGAGCCCUCCUGACCUCCCAGCCCAGGGCUGGGCUCCCUACCCAGGCAGUGACCCGACCCACGCUGCCCGAUCCGCACCUCUCGCACUCGCAGCCCACCAAAUGCCUGGAGCCACCCUCCCACCCUGAGGAGCCCAGCGACCUGGAAGAGCUGGAGCAGUUUGCUCGCACCUUCAAACAGAGGAGAAUCAAGCUGGUUGGCGACGAUGGGGCUGGCCUCCUGAGCGUUAUGCACAGCGACUUCAAGCCAGACAAUAUUGCGCUUGAUUUAACAAGUAGAAAUGUGAAACUGAGCUUUUGGAAGUGGUUCACGACGCGGUGGUGGUGUGAGUUCGUGAUGCUUGGGGCUAAGUUGCAGGUAGCCUGUCGCGUGCUGGGCGGAGAUAGGCAUGGAGGGGGUCGUUUUCCCCAGCCUAAUCUGCACAAGCCACACUUUUGCACUGGGGUUGCUGUGCGGAUCCUGACCAGAGGUGUGUUCUGGAGCUUGCUUCAAGUUAGGCUGCCGCCCUGGUCCUGUGCCCAGCUGGCAGUGCCUACCCGGAAGCCACCAGAAGCCCUCACUGAGCUACUUCCUUCCUUGUCUCUCCAGGUCACACCUCAGGGGGCUGGGGGGACCCUGCCAUUGUCCCCAGCUUCCAGCAGUCUGAGCACAACAGUUACUACCUUGUCCUCAGCUGUGGGGACCCUCCACCCCAGUCGGACAGCCGGAGGGGGCAGCAGUGGGGGUGGGGCCGUGACCCCCCUCAACUCUAUCCCCUCCAUCACCCCCCCACCCCCCGCCACCACCAACAGCACAAAUCCCAGCCCCCAAGGCAGCCACUCGGCCAUCGGCCUGUCGGGCCUGAACCCCAGCACAGGAAGCACAAUGGUGGGGCUGAGCUCGGGGUUGAGUCCGGCUCUCAUGGGUAACAAUCCUUUGGCCACCAUACAAGCGCUGGCCUCUGGUGGAACUCUGCCCCUUACCAGCCUUGAUGCCAGCGGGAACCUGGUCCUGGGGGCAGCCGGGGGCGCCCCCGGGAGCCCGGGCAUCGUGACCUCCCCGCUCUUCCUGAACCACGCCGGAUUGCCCCUGCUCAGCGCCCCGCCAGGGGUGGGCCUUGUGUCGGCCGCCGCGGCCGCCGUGGCGGCCUCCAUCUCCACCAAGUCCCCGGGCCUCUCCUCCUCCUCCUCUUCCUCCUCCUCCUCCUCUUCCUCCUCCUCCUCCUCUUCCUCCUCCUCCUCUUGCAUCGAGACAGCAGCACAGACCCCCGGGGGGCCUGAGGCAGGGGCCAAAUCCGAAUGAGAGCACCCUCCGCCUUCUCCUGCCUCCUCCCCCUCGGCCCCGCUGCUCCCCCCCCCCCGCCUGGGGGGGCUGGUGGUCGGGGCCAGCGGCGGGGGAUUAAGGUGAGGACCCCGGAGCUGGAGGAAACACCAAAAAAAUAACCCCAGAAAGAAAAAACCAAACAAAAAAUAGAGUAAAGCCAAAUAGAACCGCCACAACCAGCCGCCCAGAAUGAGCCGGGGCGAACAGAAGAAACCAAAAAACGAAACCAAAAAACCCAGUCCAGAGCCAGACCUCAGUGCGCUCGCCGCUCGCCGCUGGACCACCCGACCGCCCGGAGCCUCCGCCGCCGCCCGGGCCAGAGGAGGAGGGGAGCGCGGCGCGCC